AUGACCAAGUCGUGCGUGUCGUUCGUCCGGUUGCUGCAAAGCGUCGUGUCGGUGCUGGCCAUGAUGUCCCUCUGUGGCAUGUUCAAGCCUCUGUUGAUGGCUGACCAACACUUUCCCAGCCUUGAAACGUCCUACGCCGUCAACGCCUCAGUGCUGCUGACCUGCUGCGCGGCCAUCUACAGCGGCGUCAUGUGCGUGCUUGUGUCUCGCUCGGUUGCCAAAAUGAGCGCUUCGAGUCAAAUGACAUCGGACAUUGCACUGGCGAUCAUGCUGCUUGUCCUUGCGCUGGUGCUCACAGACAGCGACGAGCUGCAGCACUGCCACGAUACCAUCAACGUCCGAUGUGAUCGCUUCGUGUCUGCGGUUGCAUUCAUGUUGGUCGCCACCUUGUUGUACGCCCUCUCCACGGGAUUGGCGCUGCUGGAUCUGACAGACGAUCUCCCUUCGGUGCCCGUGACUCCACUCAAGGACGUUCGCAUUCAGCUCAACACAACGGCGGUGGUGUAA